AUCAAUAGGGAACGGAACAGCCGGACCCUUGCCUAGUCUCCGGCGCAGACGACUUCCCUGUUCCUCUUUUUCUGCGCAGCCGAUACCUCCUGACGGUCUCGCCCCUCAAUACACACACUCAACCUUAGCCGGGACCCCGUGGAGCCUCCUUUUGUUUUCUUCUUCUACCCCAUCGCUCCCUACCCCUUUCCCCCUCUCCCUCCCUUCUCUUCGACUCUCCCCACCGCCACCAUGGUCCUCAAGCAAACGAGUAUCCACACUUCCUUCUUCCCCUCGUCCAAGACGGCCACGCAGGACGCCACCACCGACCCUUCAGGCAAUGUCGACGUGGCAGGCCCUGCCGCUGAAGGAGAGGAGACACCUCGCGACCCAAGUGCCGACGGCGUCAAGCGCAGCGGCAGCCUCAAGGGCGGCGAGCAGGGCAAUGUCAUCCUCGUCGACUGGGAUGGACCGGAUGACCCGCUCAACCCGCUCAACUGGUCAAGCGCCAAGAAGAGCACCAUCACCUUCCUCCUCUCCAUCAUGUGUCUGUUCAUCGGUCUGGCGACCGCGGGCUUCUCGAGCGGUCUCACCGACAUGGUUGAUGAGCUGAAUUCGUCUGCCGAAGUCGGAAGAGUUGGAUUCCUCGUCUUCAACGGCGCCUUUGCUUUCGUCCCACUCAUCCUCGGCCCUCUCUCCGAGUUCGUAGGAAGCCGCAUCGUCUACCUCGUAUCACUCUUCUUCUUUGUCAUCUGGUUCAUUGGCAUCGCGCUGGCGCCCAACAUCGCCUCAGUGCUCGUAUUCCGCUUCCUGUCAGGAUGCUCUGGAGCUGCAGGAGUUACCAUCAUCCCAGGCACACUCGCCAACAUGUACCAGACAAAGGACAGGGCUAUUCCCGUAGCUUGCUUCUCGCUUGUCGCCGUUCUGGGUACGGUCGCCGCCCCGCUCUACUGCGGAUUCAUCGAUGCGGCCCUCGGCUGGCGCUGGAUCGAGUGGGUGCAACUCAUUGCCAACGGAAUCGUCUUCAUCCUUCUCGUCAUCUUCCUCCGUGAGAACCGUGGAUCUGUCCUCCUCACCAACCGUGCCAAGAAGCUGCGCAAGGAGACGGGAGACGACAGAUACCGCAGCGCUGCCGAGCUUGAGACGCCGAGCCUCAAGGCCCUCCUCUACGCGUCCACGGUCAAGGCGGCUGUUCUCCUGAUCAAGGAGCCCGUUGUUCUGGUCUUCUCGCUCUGGUUGGCCUACUGCUGGGCGCUCAUCUUUGCUUCGUUCAGCCUUAUUCCGAUCGUGUAUGGCGAGGGAGGCUUCGGAUGGAGCUCUGGCGUCGUCGGACUGUCCUACAUCGGACCCAUCAUCGGCUGCUUCAUCGCCUUCGGCAUGAGCUUCUACUGGAAGAAGCUCUACGAUGAUGCCCAGCGCAAGAACAACGGCGUCGCUGUCCCCGAGGCUCGCCUUUAUGGUGGUGCCUUUGGUGGUGUCAUUGCGCCCAUUGGUCUGCUCAUCGUCUCAUUCACAUCGUACAACUACCUCUUCUGGUUUGGCCCCCAGGUCGGUCUCUGCCUCCUUCUCAUUGGUAUCUACCAGAUCUUCGAGUCGGUCCAGGCCUACUUGUCCGACGCCUACGGCUCCAAUGCGGCCUCGGCUAUCGCUGGACAGGGCUUUGUGCGAAAUGCUCUCGCAGCCAGUUUCCCGCUCUUCUCCACUCAGCUCUUCACCAACCUCCACGUAUGGGGCGGUGGGCUCCUUCUCUCCUGCCUCCUCAUCAUCGCCAUCCCUCUCCCAUUCAUCCUCAUCCGCUACGGAGAGCAGAUCCGCUCUCGCUCCCCAUACGCUGCGGGCGAGACUGGCCUUGCCAACGUGCCUGGCGCAGAGCCUUCCGCUGAGACCGAAAAGAAGGGCAGCGAGAACGAUAUUGAGCGCGGGAUGCCCGAGUCGGGCGCCCAGACCAGGGUACAGACGCCUGAGCCUGCUGUCGUCAAGGACGACGAGGCGAAGCCGGAGGGGCAUGCGCAGGUCAGGACCGAGUGAGCGAAGAGAGAUGUGUAGGAGGACAUAGAGGAGAUAGCAGAGGAUAAUUUGCUGCGGGCCGCUGCAACGGCAUAGACAAUAGACGGGUGCGCAGACGUUAUGCGACCGCGCACCCAUACCAGCAUCACUCAUCAUAGA